CCCUAAUCGUGGUUUACCGUUAAUGUAAUCAUGUUAUGAAAACAACUGAUCAGAGACGGAAUAUUAUGAUUUUUGAUUAGGUACUCGAUUGUGUCCCAGUCAGUCAGCUGUUGACUGUUGACUGUUGUUUCCUUUGUGAUAAAAUAAUACAAAAUCUCGUUUUCCAGACUCCAGUUACUAGUUAGUAAAUAUUAAAUAUUAGGUAACAAAACUGAAAACAUUUAGUUUUUUUCUCUUUAAAUUUCUAUUAUUUCCAACGUUAGGUUGUUGUUUUCAUAAUUAUAACGAUUAGUACCUAUUUAACUACGAUUCUACCGUUAUAGUAAUCGUUUAGUGCGGUAGUUGUAUAAAUACGGUUUUUUUUUUAUACGAUUUCUAUUCACACUUCGAAAAUGUCGUCCAGUUCUUGUGGAACGAACACCAAGAAACAGAAACUGCACCACCAUCAUCAGGCGUCGUUGGACGUCAACGGUGGUAGCGGCAGUGCGUCAACGGCUCUACUUGAUGGUGCAGUUCAAAAAAUCACCACCCCAGCAAUGGGGUAUUUCUGUUUUGAUAUACUUUACUCCUAUCUUAACAGCCUGGAGCCGCCAAAGAAACCAGAUUUCACAAAUGACCCAUUUCCACUGUUUGUAACAUGGGAGACCGGAGUAGACAAGAAACUCAGGGGAUGCAUCGGCACAUUCAAUUCGAUUGCUUUACACAGUGGCUUACGCGAAUACGCCAUAACAAGUGCACUGAGGGAUUCACGGUUCAAACCAAUCUCAAACGACGAAUUGAACCGAUUACAUGUAACAAUAUCGAUAUUGUUACACUUCGAGGAAGGCAAAGAUUACAACGAUUGGGAAAUCGGCGUUCACGGUAUACGCAUUGAAUUUCAAAAUGAACGCGGAAUGAGGCGAACUGCUACUUAUUUACCAGAAGUGGCAGAAGAACAAGGCUGGGACAAAAUACAAACAAUUGAUUCACUCCUGCGCAAAGGAGGUUAUCGAGGUCAUGUGACACCUGAGACUCGUCGUUCUUUAAAAUUGACUAGAUACCAAAGCGAAACUGUAUCAGUCAGUUUCCAAGAUUAUAUGAACCAUAUGCAAACUGUACGUUGCUAGCAGCAUCUUUGGGGCCAAGAAGACGCAGUGGCCCCUCAAAUACCAACACUGCCUAAUUUUAAACAUCCAAACAUACAUAUUUUAACAUAUUCACAUCCUUUAUUACAAUCAAUGUAUUUCAACCAAACAUUACCAAUUCAUUAUAACUAUCCAACAUAACAUAAAAUCUGACGGCCAAUAAAAAAAUAAUAAUUUUUUAUGAAAAUAA